AUGGGGGAUUGUAAGGGAAGGUUGUGUUCAUGGUGGUCAUCAUCUUCAUCGUCAAGGCUGCUGUUGUUUAUGGCACCAUUGGUUGUGGUGGCAGGGUUAGUGGCUUUACUGGGUCCAAAGACCUCCAAUUGGGUUUUUACUUCUCAUUACAGUCCAUGGAUAUGGAGGUCUUCUGUACCUCCUCUUUCAUCUUCUGUUUCGUCAACAAAAGAAAAGGACAAUACACAUCCAGAUUUGCAGCCCAGGAUGCAAUUCAGCAAUUUAGAGAGGCUGGAGGCUGGUCUUGGACAAGCUCGAGCUGCAAUAAGAAAAGCCAAAAAUGGAAAUCAAACACAAGACCCUGACUACAUCCCAAAUGGUCCAAUGUAUUGGAAUGCCACUGCCUUUCACAGGAGCUACUCGGAAAUGGAAAAACAAUUUAAAGUAUUUAUCUAUGAAGAAGGAGAACCACCGGUUUUUCAUUACGGUCCCUGCAUGCACACAUAUGCAAUAGAGGGAUUCUUUAUCCAGAAUAUGGAGAUCAGUCGGUUUCGGACUAGAGAUCCCGAAAAAGCUCAUGUCUAUUUCCUUCCAUUCAGCGUGACAAUGAUUACUCAAGUUAUUUAUGUUGCUGAAACCCAUGAAUGGGGUGACAUGAAAAAUACAGCUGUUGACUAUAUCAAUGUUAUUGCCAAUAAACAUCACUAUUGGAAUCGAAGCCUUGGAGCUGAUCACUUCAUGCUUGCUUGCCAUGACUGGGGGCCUGAAAUAUCCUUUGCCAUUCCUUACUUGUACGAGAACGCCAUUCGAGCUCUAUGCAACGCAAACACCUCAGAAAGAUUCAACCCCGUCAGAGAUGUGUCCAUCCCGGAAAUCCAUCUCCCAAAUGGUAAAACAGAUGCAAUGAUGGGCGGUCCGCCCCCGUCAGAACGUUCAGUCCUGGUUUUCUAUGCCGGAGGUGUUCACGGCCCCAUCAGGCCAAUUCUACUAGAGCAUUGGGAAAACAAGGACAAAGAUGUGCAGGUCCACCAGUACCUUCCAAAGGGUGUGUCAUACUAUGGCAUGAUGAGAAAGAGCAAGUACUGCAUUUGUCCGAGUGGCUAUGAAGUGGCGAGCCCGAGAAUGGUGGAGGGACUUUACAUGGGUUGUGUACCGGUGCUCAUUAAGGACCAUUAUGUGAUACCAUUCAGUGACGUUCUAAAUUGGAAGACAUUCUCUGUUAUAAUCCCAGUUGAGGACAUUCCCAAUCUGAAGAAAAUUCUAAUGGGUAUCUCUCAAAAACAGUACAUAAGGUUGCAGAGGAGAGGAAUGCAAAUGAGGAGGCAUUUUGAGGUCAAUUCACCUCCAAAAAGGUAUGAUGUGUUUCACAUGAUACUUCAUUCAAUCUGGCUUAGAAGACUCAACAUCAGAGUCCAUGACAUUGAGGAACAAAAUUCACUGAUUAGUUGA